UAUUCUGAAGGCGAUCAUCAUGAUGGAUGUGCAGCCAGUAUUUUUUAAGUAAAGGCACAAACAACAUUGUUUUGAUUACCUACUGCAUUAUACAGAGAGGAGUAAUUCUGCUCGAGACGAAUAAGGUCACUAAGUGGCACUCUGAAAAAUGCAGACCACCGCAAACAACCACCACAAUAGAAUAAAUAUCUCAAAAUUAUUGUGGGAUCGUUUCAUGUUUUUUUUCCAUUUAUUUCUUGUCUAUAAGGACUCUUUGUGUGUGUGUUACAAGUUGAAUUCACAUUUUUAUGUUGGUGAUGACAGAUUUAUGUUCGCCCAACAGGCUGUUCUCUGAGGUCAGAACACAAUGUCCUGAUUGACCCCACCAUACAAACAAGACAAGAGCAGACGUUGCCUGACCAUGAGUGCUCUGCCAAACGAAACCGAUUCUGCUGUCGAUCCAGGGGUUCUGUUGGCAACAACCUCUGACCCUCCCUUUAACCUGACUCCAGCUCACCGGGCAGAAAUUGUAUCGGAGCAGCCUGUGGCUCCUCUGUGUAGCAUCUGCUGUUGCGGCUUUGUCAAUCGUACCUUUGCAGUGGUGUUCAUGGUCAGCCUGGUUUUCGCGAUUGUGGUUGGGAAUGUCAUCACUCUGAUUGUAUUCGUGCAGACGAGACAGUCCAGGACACCACAAGGCUACCUGAAAGUGUCUCUGGCCAUUGCUGACAUGAUGGUGGGCGUACUUGUGGUCCCUUUCUCAGUUUACACUGAAGUCUCCUUGAUGGUAACUUACUUGCCUCCCAUUUGGUAUCAGGGCAGCUCCGCAUCUCUAAGCGGACAGAGGAACCGCUGGCAGCCCUGCAUGCUGAUUGGACCAGUGUUUGCCGGUUGUACCUUCGUGUCCAUCAGCACCAUCUUCCUCAUGACCGUGGAGCGAAGCGUGGCCAUCCUGUGGCCGCUCCACAAGGACGCUUUGGUGACGCGCAGGAGAACUCUGCUCCUCAUCCUGCUCUCGUGGGCCGCCAGUUUUCUCCUGGCGCUCGCACCCCUUGUAUUCAGCAGCAACUUCACUCUAGAGUACAACGAGUGUAGCCGCAUGUGCAACUACUCCCCAGUUUUGCUGGGUAACCGACUUCCACGUGACGCCAACAUCCUGCUGUUAUUCCCGGUGUUUGAUUUUACUCUUCUUGGGGGAACAUUAGCCAUUAAUAUUAUGUCUUUCACGAGCAUCAGGCAGUACUCGAGAAGACGCAAACUCCUCUCAGCAGGAAAUUUGACUGAUGGAGAAGGAGGAACUGGUGCAGGAGUGGGGUCGUGCCCUCACAGACCCUCAUUUUCAGACAUUAAGGCUGCAAAGACGAUAAGCAUAUUAACGUUUGCUUUCACCGCAUCUUUUUCACCCAUUGCAGUAUUUGUGUUGGGAAAUGUAGUGGGAUACACCUGGUGCAACUUCUCCUUUGUUGCCUUUUGGAUUCUAACGGCAAACAGCUGCUGCAAUGUGAUCAUCUACAGUGUCAGGGACCACCGUUUUCGGAAGGGGGUGGCCCUGCUCUUUCAGCGGGAUCACUGCCCCCCGCAGGAGGAGAAAACCUGAGCGCUGUCUCUAGGACCAAGACUGUAUCUGCUGUUGAAUAUUUCAAAAGGGGAAUUACACAAUGGCUAGUGACAUCCAGCGGAAUUGAUAUCUUGACUCAGUUUGUCUCUUGCUUUUUCAUUGGAAAGUUUUAGACAUUGUUAUCCUAUCCUAAGCUGAGAAGUUCUUGCAAGGCUGCAAGAAGAAUAUUUUCCAAGUGGUAUGUCUCGUACACUAUAUGUAAAGGAAAUGAGUGCUGAUUUUUAAGAUUAAGUGACUUUAUAGACGUUCAGAUUUUUUGCCUUGGUGCACUCCUCUACAUAGUAAUACCGUAACUGGAAUACAUUUAUCUGCUUCUAAGCACCAUGAGCAGAAGGUUGUCUUAAAGCACAAAUACUGAGUUGUUAGUCAUGUCAAAAUAAGACUUGUUUAGAUAAUACUCAAUUUAGAUGACCAAAAUGCUUAACUGUAUUUUUUUCUCAAUUCAAAAUGAGUGUGCAGCACAAUAUCUGAAUGCUAUGUCUUCAUUUUCUAGAUUCUAUUGUGAAGGAAUUGUGAUGGCCCCGAUCAAGACACCCAAGACACACACAAACCUACCAAUUGUCGUCACAAUGAAAUGAUCUACAGUGGGGCAAAUAAGUAUUUAGUCAACCACUAAAUGUGCAAGUUCUCCCACUUGAAAAUAUUAGAGAGGCCUGUAAUUGUCAACAUGGGUAAACCUCAACUAUGAGACACAGAAUAUGGAAAAAAGAAAAAACAAAAAAUCAUAUUGUUUGAUUUUUAAAGAAUUUAUUUGCAAAUCAUGGUGGAAAAUAAGUAUUUGGUCAAUACCAAAAGUUCAUCUCAAUACUUUGUUAUGUACCCUUUGUUGGAAUAACGGAGGCCAAACGUUUUCUGUAACUCUUCACAAGCUUUUCACACACUGUUGCUGGUAUUUUGGCCCAUUCCUCCAUUCAGAUCUCCUCUAGAGAAGUGAUGUUUUGUCAUUCGUUCCUCUACACAAAUCAGUGGUCCUGGUCCCUUUGCAGAAAAACAGCCUCAAAGCAUGAUGUUUCCACCCCCAUGCUUCACAGUGGGUAUGGUGUUAUUCAGAUGUAAUUCAGUAUUCUUUCUCCUCCAAACACGAGAACCUGUGUAUCUACCAAAAAGUUCUAUUUUGGUUUCAUCUGACCAUAACACAUGCUCCCUGUCCUCUUCUGCAUCAUCCAAAUGCUCUCUAGCGAAACGCAGACGGGCCUGGAUGUGUACUUUCUUCAGCAGGGGGACACGUCUGGCAGUGCAGGAUUUGAGUCCCUAGCGGCGCAUUGUGUUACUGAUAGUAGCCUUUGUUACUGUGGUCCAAGCUCUCUGUAGGUCAUUCACUAGGUCCCCUGUGUGGUUCUGGGAUUUUUGCUCACCGUUCUUGUUAUCAUUUUGACGCCAUGGGGUGAGAUCUUGCAUGGAGCCCCAGAUCAAGGGAGAUUAUCAGUGGUCUUGUAUGUCUUCCAUUUUCUAAUAAUUGCUCCCACAGUUGAUUUCUUUACACCAAGCGUUUUACCUAUUGCAGAUUCAGUCUUCCCAGCCUGGUGCAGGUCUACAAUUUUGUCUCUGGUGUCCUUCGACAGCUCUUUGGUCUUGGCCAUAGUGGAGUUUUGAGUGUGACUGAUUGAGUUGUGGACAGGUGUCUUUUAUACCAAUAAUGAGUUAAAACAGGUGCCAUUAAUACAGGAGCCUCGUUAGACCUCGUUAGAAGAAGUUAGACCUCUUUGACAGCCAGAAAUCUUGCUUGUUUGUAGGUGACCAAAUACUUAUUUCCUCUCUAAUUUGGAAAUAAAUUCUUUAAAAAUCAAACAAUGUGAUUUUCUGUUUUUUUUCACAUUCUGUCUCUCAUGGUUGAAGUUUACCCAUGUUGACAAUUACAGGCCUCUCUAAUCUUUUCAAGUAGGAGAAUUAUUGGUGGAUGACUACUUAUUUGCCCCACUGUACUUUCAUCAUAUUUGCCUCAGUUAACAGAAGUAUUUUUUUGUUUGAGGAUUGGGUGCAAUGUUUACUCAUUCUACAGUAUAGUACAGCGAUACCUCGUUUUUUGUGGUUAAUGGGGACCAGAACCCGCCGCGAUAAGUGAAAAUCUGCAACGUAGUGCCCCCCCUUUUUUUGGUGUGUUUUCAAUGUAUUUUUUUUUUCAGAUUCAUCAUUGGAUAGAUAUAAAUUUUUUUUUUAAAAAUUCACUUUUCCCCAAAAUAUAAUUAAAAAAAACGUUGAAGAAACUGUGGUGCUGUCAAAAAUCAUAUUUCAAGCAUUUCGUCGUAUGUAGAAACAAAUGGCGAGUCAAAUUUUACAUCAGAUGUCGAAAAGAUCGUUUUUUUGUAUCUUUUCGACAUUACUGUAUA